AUGCCCCCUAAGAAGCAACAAGGACCCGACAAGUCUAAACAAAAAGCCAAGGCGAAAGCCGCGGAGGAUAAGGGUUUCGGCAUGAAGAAUAAGAAUAAGUCGAAGAAGGUUCAGCAGCAUAUCAACCAGAUGAAAAGUGGAGUGGAUGGUGGAUUGGCCAAAAAGAAGGAAGCUGAUGCCAAAAGAAAAGCCGAAGAGAAGAAGGCUGCUGAACAGGCCAAGAAAGAGGCCGCUGCUUUGUUCGGAGUUCAACAACAAAAGGUUCCAUUUGGCGUCGAUCCAAAGUCCAUCUUGUGUGAGUUUUUCAAGAAUGGUGUGUGCAGCAAAGGAAACAAGUGUAAGUUUUCUCACGACGUUAAUGUUGGACGUAAGGAUGCUAAGAAGGAUUUGUAUACCGAUGCAAGAGCUGAGAAAGAGGCCGAUACCAUGGACAACUGGGACGAAGAGAAAUUACGAAAAGUCAUUUUGUCGAAGCACGGCAACCCCAAGACAAGUACCGACAAGGUCUGCAAGUAUUUCAUCGACGCCGUCGAGAACGACAAGUACGGUUGGUUCUGGGUCUGUCCCAACGGUGGUACCGAGUGUAUGUAUAAGCAUGCCUUACCUCCAGGAUUCGUGUUGAAGACCAAGGAGCAGAAGAAGCUAGAAAGAUUGGCAAAGGAGUCCGAGCCAGAGAUCACUUUGGAGGAGUUCAUCGACUUGGAAAGAGGAAAGAUGGACAAAUCCAAGUUCACACCGAUCACCUUAGAAACAUUCACGGAGUGGAAGAAGAAGCAGUUGGAGAAGAAGGCCGAAAAGAACAAGGAGCAAGGCAAGAAAGCUCAGACCGGAAGGGAGAUCUUGCAAAAGAAAUUCGCAGACAAGUACUACACGGAAGAAGGUGGAGAGGAAAACGAGAUGGAUUUGUCUUCCUUCAAGCUGGCCUUGCCUGAAGAGGGCAAGUUCAAAGAUUACGGUGAUGGUACAAACACCGACUUUAGCUAG